GGAACUAGAACAUGACAUAACGAAAUACUAAGGUUGAGUCGCAGAAAAUAAUAUAUAUUAUCUUCCUCUUGUAUACUUACACAGUACAAGGAAAGACUCGAGAACCUCAAUCCCGUCAGCGGUCAAUUGCUAAUCUCUAUCAUGAAGUGUGGUAGAAGAACAAGAGCACUGUUCCAGCAAUUGGAAGGGACCAGUAGGAGGAGAGGAAUAUCAUCUUCAUCAAUAAUAUCUUCAAGACCUCGAUGUCAAGCUCAAGUAUCGUCUGCAGCAACAAGAUGUCACACAACACAUCAACCAAGAAGGACGUAUGCUUCCAUAUCAGCUUCAGAACUUCAAUUUGGUCAACCGGUUCAUGAAACCCAUCCGCAUUUACUUAAUGCUGGAGAAGUCACUCCAGGUAUCUCGGCGCAAGAAUAUGCGGAUCGACGAGCAGAUUUCGCUGCAAAACUUCCUCCAAAUUCAAUCGCCAUCUUAAGAGGGGCAGAUAUCAAAUAUAGGUCUGGCGCCGUAUUUCAUGAAUUUCACCAGCAAUCAAAUUUCUUCUAUCUUACUGGAUUUAAUGAACCGGAGGCAAUUGCAGUAAUACAGAGAUUGGAGUCUUCAGAAUUUAUAUUUCAUCUAUUUGUUAGACCUAAAGACCCGCAGGCAGAACUUUGGGAUGGUGCUAGAUCUGGGGAACAAGCUGCCUUGGAUGUUUUUAAUGCAGAUGAAUCUGGAGAUGUCAACCAGGCAGCUUCACAUCUAAGGCCACUUAUUGAGGGAGCUAGUGAAAUAUAUAUGGAUGUCAAAGAAUCUUUCCUUGGGGGUACUCUGGACUCGAUCCAAGGUGUAAUGAAACAAAAGGAUCUUAUGCAACUAUUCCGCGAUGCUAAAGCAAAAAAAUCGAAACCAAUUGGGCCGUUGAUAAAUGAAUUAAGGGCGAUCAAAAGUGACGCCGAAAUCGAAAAUAUGCGGAAAGCAGGUAGAAUCUCCGGCAGAUCUUUUACAAAUGCUAUGCGGAAACGAUGGACUGAAGAGAAACAUCUUGGCGCAUUUCUUGACUUUGAUUUUAAAAUCGGAGGUUGUGAGAAGAAUGCUUAUGUGCCAGUCAUUGGAGGUGGAAGAAAUGCCCAGAGCAUACAUUACGUUUCCAACAACGAUGUACUACGAGAUGGCGAGCUUGUCCUGGUAGACGCCGGUGGACAAUAUGGUGGAUAUAUUACGGAUAUCACUCGGACAUGGCCCAUCAAUGGCAAAUUCACAGAUGCCCAGAAAGAUCUCUACGAAGCACUUUUAAGGGUACAACGAAGUAGUGUUGCGCUAUGCAGGGAGAGUUCAAACAUGACUUUGGAUAAAAUCCAUGCAGUUACCAGAAAUGGUCUCACAGAUCAAUUGAAACAACUAGGAUUCGAUAUGUCUGGAAAUGCUAUCGAUACCUUGUUUCCACAUCACGUCGGCCAUUAUAUUGGACUUGAUGUUCACGACACUCCAGGAUACUCUCGAAGUAAUCUUCUCAGGGAAGGACAUUGUAUUACGAUCGAGCCGGGAAUUUAUGUACCAAAUGAUGAGCGCUGGCCAGCUCAUUUUAGGGGCAUGGGUAUCAGAAUUGAGGAUAGCGUUUGUAUACAGGAGGAUUCACCUCUAGUACUAACUACCGAGGCCGUGAAGGAGGUUGUAGAUAUCGAAGCUUUACGCGGUUAAACGAAGGGGGAUAAAUGAAUUGUAUGAUAAUGAUGUAUACCACUCCGAGCAAAAAAGUAUAAAUGUAUAUAUAUAUACCCACAAAUCAAUCGAGAUUGAUAACGUCCGAAUAGAUGCUGAGUACUUUAC